AAUAUAAACAUCUCAUCUGUUUAUCACAACAACUAUACUAUCAUUUCAUCAAAAAUUAAUAAAUUGAUGGCAAACACCGAGACAAUUAGACAAGUAUUAUGUGAAAUACAACUAAUUUUCCCAGAUUAUUUUACGGAAAGUGCCAUAAACUUGAAAUUAAUGGCCAAAAAUGAGUACAAUCAUUGUUGUAGUAGGGUGGCGAAAAUGUGCUAGCUAAUAUUUUAUCUAAUAAUGUGAUUACACUCGUAACGACAGUAAUGUUGAUGUCAUUCGCAAUAAAUAUAUUAAUAAAUCCAAUGAUUUGCAUAAAACAUAUCAUAUAUUCAGUGACCAAAUGUCGACUUUUUCGGCGCUAUUGGAUAUACAUCUUAAUGUCUAUCAUAAUACUUAUCAUACAAUUAAUACUUAGCAUCACUUUCUACUCAUCAAACAACUCAAGCAUUGAAUCACAAAUUCAGAGUCAAUUCAAUUCGGUUGCAAAGCCUAAGAAAAUUGGCGACAAAGCGGACCAAUCGAUCGGUGAUUAUGACUCCGAUAACAAUAUCUCAUUCAGUAAUUCACUGGACUCUAAGUCAAGAGAUACUACGCUUAGUGAUCACUACUUAAAGUUUCCGCAAGAGAUUAAUGAGUUUAAAAGCAAGACUUCGUGUAAUAUAAGCGCCAAAAGUGGCAAAUAUGGCAUUUCGGCGGUUGAGAGGGCGGUCACCACUCAAUGCAAACAAAAAUUAGCAGACAUUACAUGUUUGACACUCACUGACCAACUCUACCCACAAUCACUUCCAAGAUUUUGUCCUCUCAAAGAUGGGAAUUUUGGUGAUUAUGUGGGCUGUUAUUGGGAUAGGAAUAAACCGCGGCUAUUGAAUGGAUACAAAACUAAAUUCUCAGACAACAGUCCCAAUAAAUGUCUGAAUGUUUGCCUUCAAUCGGGCUAUACUUAUGCCGGUCUAGAGUUUAGUAAUGAAUGCUUUUGUGGGUACGAGUUGUCAGACAGAAGAUAUGAAUUGACAUCAAAUCACUGCAAUAUGUCGUGUUCUGGUGCUCACCACCUAUUAUGUGGCGGUUAUUAUGCCGUUGAUAUCUAUAAGACUGGACUCCAAUACCGACCAAAAGUAAUGCCAAGUUUGGUGACAAUACCAGUCGAUCGGAAUGACGUGAGAAUUGUAUUCCUACUGACAUUAAAUGGUCGAUCACUUCGACAAAUAAACCGAUUACUUAAGAAUAUUUACGAUUCAAAGCACUUCUAUUAUAUUCAUAUCGAUUCUCGUCAGGACUACUUGUUUCGCGAAUUAAUUAAAUUAGAGUCCAAAUUAGCGAAUGUAAGGGUGAGCCGGGUCCGUUUGUCGACCAUAUGGGGCGGCGCUAGUCUCCUUCAAAUGCUACUCAACUCUAUUCAGCAAAUAUUUGAAACCAAUGUUUGGCCAAAUUCUUGGGACUUCCUCAUCAAUAUCAGCGAAUCUGAUUUUCCAUUAAAACCAGUACAUGAGUUGGAAAACUUUCUGCUCGCAAAUCGUGGCAAAAACUUUGUUAAAUCUCACGGACAGGACUCGCAGCGAUUUAUUACCAAACAAGGUCUCGACAAGACUUUCUAUGAAUGCGAUACUCAUAUGUGGAGAGUAGCCGACCGGCAAUUACCGAAAGGCAUCCGUUGGGAUGGGGGCAGCGAUUGGGUUGUAUUGAGUCGUGAGUUCUGUCAUUACAUCACUUACGAAGACAAUGAACUGUUGCGAGGACUGAAACAAGUGUUUAAAUACACGCUAUUGCCCGCAGAGUCCUUCUUCCACACUGUCCUACAAAACAGUGAAUUCUGUGACACAAUCGUCGAUAAUAACCUGCGGCUAACCAAUUGGCGCCGCAAACAGGGCUGUAAGUGUCAGUACAAACACAUCGUCGACUGGUGCGGCUGUUCGCCCAACGACUUCAAGACCAACGACUGGCCGCGCCUUCUCUCCACUCAAUCCAAGCCAUUAUUCUUCGGCAGAAAAUUCGAAGCAAUAGUCAACCAAAACAUUAUCAAUAGAUUAGAGGAAAUAAUUAAUAAAAAUUUUAGUCACUCCGCGAAAUCGGUGGACAAGUAUUGGCAAAACGAUUACGAUUUCAGGGAUAGUCAGCCCGUCAUCGACGACGCGAAACUCACUUUUUAUUAUGCGUUUGCCGUCAAUAGUCAGAAAGCAAUAGAAAAUAAAUGCCAUUUAAAGGAUAUUUUUAGUCAAACUAAACGCUCAAAAACGUUUCACUUAAGUCACGUCCAAGAAGUGGAUCUAUACUUCAAUAGCGAUGUCUUUGAGGGCAUAAUAAUUACUUUUCAGUCUUUGGUGAACAAUGAAAUUAAUUCUAUACUCAACUUCCAAACACUCGUCCGUCCGACAGAUAUAUUAGACAAUACCAUCAAUAAGUUAUCAGACAAACUUACGUUCGUACAGGUCUGUUCCGACUUUGACGUCAAAGAGUUAAUAUUCCGCAACUUUGGCUGCAUUUUGGGCCCAUUUGCCCAACCGGUAGCUAUGCAUAAAUGGCAACACCUGAAGGGCGAGCCGUUAGGCACCACAUUCGUAUGGGUCGACCCCAUCAACACCGUCGCCGCGUCCUAUGAAGUGAAGGUCGAGGCGAACGCCACAUCCGAUCAGCCAUUGCUUCAACGCCCGCAACUCAACACUCCGUUACGGCCCGGCGUUUGGCGACUCAUUGUUCUCCACAAAUGGAUAGUCAUCGCAGAGCAUAAGUUUUUGGUCACUCCCCUCCUCUUCCACAACAAGACUAAAGUCAAUAAAGAUUACGCCAAACACUUACACAGCGGCCCUCAGCGCACCUACACGUCACACAACUUCAGUGCAAUCGAGAUGUUUCUGGGCUUAAAGAAUAGUGUGGACACCACUAAUGGGAUCAAGAAUUCGCGCAAAUCGGGCGACCAUUUGCUCACUUGGAUUCACGACCUGUACUCUCAGUUCUGGUUCACUCAACGCAUGUGUUAUAUACCGGCGACGACUAGUCGCGGGCUCGACAUCGACUGCGGCCUCCAUUUACUUCCCUGUCAUUCAACGGAUUGGAGUCCAAGAUCGCCGGACCCGAAGUCAGAUAUUUCCAGUAUUUUC